GAAUGUCCUCUUCACAGAAGGAACACAUUUGCCAGAGGAUUAUCUCUUAAGCAGGUCUGAAAAGACCGACAAGUCUCUGGUGUUAUUAUUCUUAUUUAUAGAGACAUAUAAGAUGUUCCUAUCCCAGAAGUACCUACAGAUGGUUACUUUCAUCGGCAUUGUGUGCUUCGCUUGUCUUGCUACAUCAGAGAACACCCAAAAUGAGAGAUCAGUUGCAGAGGCUCAGCUAAUGCACGACAAAGGAAAAACAAUUGAAGAAAUAAAUCGCCAGAGGUGGCUACAAGGGUUGCUGGGGAGUAUUCACAACCCAGGUCGGAGAGAAGUUCCCCUGCUAAAGAAUUUUCGUCGUGAUUUACGCAGGUCAAACGAGGACGAACAGCAAAGAAUCAGCAGCAUAAGGAACAUGAGGAAUCUGCAAUAUAAACAUGCAAUUCUUGCACAUAGUAAAAAGCUAAUGGAGCGGGAUUCUUGAGUGUUUCCAUAUUAAAUUCAUCAAUACAGCAACAACAUUUAGAUAAAGUCAAUAUUUCAUUCUUUUCAUAUGUAAAUAAAUAGUUUGGUGUAUGCUGGGUUGUGGGUUAUUUUUGUUUUGCAAAGAAUAUGUAUACAUACAUUCGCAUGACAGGCCUGAUUUAGAUAAAGACAUCAUACAAUGUUGGCAUGAAAAGAAAACAUGGUGUGUUCUUUAUUACAGAGCCAAAGUAACGAAAAAGUUAUAUAGUUCCACUAGAUAGGGACAUAACUUGAGGUUCCCAGCUUCUCCAGCAAAAAAUAAUUGUGAUUCUCACUAACCUUAUGCACCAUCCAGAAUCUAUACACUCACAAUUAUAGCUUUUCGCUCUAUGAAGAAAAACUGAUUUUAUAUUAAAUAGUCCCCUUUUCCCCUGCACCCACUCUAUUAGUACAGGUAUGGGACCUGUUAUCCAGAAUGCUGGGGACCUGGGGUUUUCUGGAUAACGGAUUUUUCCGUAAUUUCGAUCUUUACGCAUGAUGAUUGACAAUAUUAAUUUAUGGUAAAAACAUUGAGCACCUGCUGACUGGACACUAGUCAGCUCCAAGCAAUCUAGAAUCAGUGCUUAAGCGGCUAUUCAAACACCACCAAGCCUUCCCUCAAGAGUGGAACUGAAAACAUGUACAACAUACAAGUCGGACUUGGCUCUCUACACACUGGUUCCACCCCUCCUCUAUAUAUCAGACUCUAAUUUCCGUGCUUCUGUCUACACUGGCCACAUCAGUGUACUUUUUCCUGAUAGAAGUAACCUAUCCGGAAACAAGUUCAUUCUUAAUUCCCCAGAGGUAGGUGAGUUGACACAGUGAGUUGACACAGUGAGUUGACACAGGGAG